GCCGUCGCGCGCAUCCCAGUUCACUCGUGAACCACCUGCAGCUGCACGUAGACUCGUCUCCUCCGUCCGUCCUCGACUAUCCUUCUCACACGCCGAUUCUCCGCGUUUGUACCGAAACCGAGAGCCAACGUGAGAAAAUGGCCGCCUACAAGCUGGUUCUGAUCCGCCACGGAGAGAGCUGCUGGAACCAGGAGAACCGCUUCUGCGGAUGGUUCGACGCGGACCUGAGUGACACGGGCGUCCAGGAGGCCAAGCGAGGAGGGAAGGCCUUAAAAGAUGCUGGCUACGAGUUUGAUGUGUGCUACACGUCGGUUCUGAAGCGGGCCAUCCGGACCCUGUGGCUGUGUCUGGAGCAGAUCGAUCAGAUGUGGGUUCCGGUCCACAGAACCUGGCGGCUGAACGAGCGCCACUACGGUGGCCUGACGGGGCUAAACAAGGCCGAGACGGCCGCCAAGCACGGGGAGGCACAGGUCAAGAUCUGGAGGCGUUCGUACGACACCCCCCCACCGUCCAUGGAUGCUGACCACGACUACUACACAGUCAUCAGCAAGGACCGUCGCUAUGGUGAUCUGACGGAGGACCAGCUGCCGUCGUGCGAGAGCCUGAAGGACACGAUCGCCCGGGCCCUGCCCUUCUGGAACGACGAGGUGGUGCCGCAGAUCAAGGAGGGCAAGAGGGUCCUCAUCGCUGCCCACGGCAACAGCCUCCGCGGCAUCGUCAAGCACCUGGAGGGCAUGUCCGAGGAGGCCAUCAUGGAGCUGAAUCUGCCCACCGGCAUCCCCAUCCUGUACGAGCUGGACAAGAACCUGAAGCCGGUCAAGCCCAUGCAGUUCCUGGGGGACGAGGAGACUGUGCGCAAGGCCAUGGAGGCCGUGGCCGCCCAGGGCAAGGCCAAGAAGUAGACGCCCACUGACCUGUACUGGGCAGGAAAUGAACGACCUUUGACCUUCAACCUCUGCAGAGAGGGGCCAGGGGAGGGGUGGGGUGUGUCCUGUUCUGUGCUUCCGCCCGUCAAGAGCUGUGUGUGUGUGUGUGUGUGUGCGCGCGUGCAUGUGCUGUGUGAAACAGGACCAGUAAGGGUAUUGUGACACUGCAUGGCUGUCUAACAUGACUGUACUGGCUGUAGUUGAGAGUUUAGUUCUGAUUCAUAUUUAUUGACCAACUGUGUUAUGUAGUGAGGGACCAGUAACACAUAUACACACACACACACACACACACACACCCCUAUCAUUCAAUUCCUUUUGUGAGGCUGGGCCUGAAGGCAAUGUUAAACAUCCUCAGCACGGCAUCACACACACACACAUUCACCAUUCCUUUGUUUUUGUGAUGAUGUACGUGGGCCAACAGCACUGAAGUGUUAAUGUGUCAUUGAUGGGAAUUCCACACAGUAAUAAAUGUUUUCGGCCUGUUGUCAGGCUUGUCCCCUAAA